CAUUCGUCGCACCUAAAAUGUUGCACAUGCGCAGACCAUACAGUCAAUGGCGCAGACAGCCAGUAAUGUUGACAAACAACUGGGGAGAGGCCAAUUGCACCCCUGUUUAGCUCCCGGGUGAAUGAAGGAGAUUCUCUUUCCAGUUGACACUGUGAAAAUGAAGGGUCAACAGAAAAGCCCUGACCCGGAUGAAAGUGCACAUGUCAUUGAAGAAGGUGCAGUGGCUACAGCAGAUGACCCAUCAGCUGCCAUUGCCACCAUUCAGUCUGCCGCCACCUUCUCCUCAGAGCAUCCGAUAAAGUAUCUAUUCAAGACGGAGGGAGCUGGGGGGCAGGUAGGGGAGCUGUACUACCCUCCCGCUGGGCAGGUGACAUACAGAGUAAUCCAGGUGUCUGAUGGACAGUUGGAGGCUCAAAGUGAUGGAGCCACAGCAGUCAGUGUGCUAACUGGAUUUCCUGCAGCCACACAGCCUGUGACCCAGGCAUUGUACUCUCAGUCUGAGGGGUUGGAGGGGGACGGCACUGAGACGCAUUACACCUACUACCCUGCAACCAUCGCUGAUGCUUCACCAGGCACCAUGGUAACCAGCGUGGUGCAGGCAUCUGAUACACAUCUAAGUCAGAGCACUCCCACUGGGCAGUUGUAUGUGAUGAUGUCCCCCCAGGAAGUGCUGACGGGAGCCAACCAGAGGUCCAUUGCACCUCGCACACAACCGUACAACGCAAAAUCAGAGGUCCCACGCACUUCUAGAGAUGACAAAAGACGAGCCCAGCACAACGAGGUUGAACGUAGACGCAGGGACAAGAUCAACAACUGGAUCGUCACGCUCUCAAAGACCAUCCCAGACUGCAACAUUGACCCUACCAAGUCAGGGCAGGUCAGUAUCAGCAAUGAGAGUAAAGGUGGGAUCCUCUCCAAAGCCUGUGACUAUAUCCAGGAGCUUCGGCAGAACAACCUUAGACUGGGGGAUGACCUAAGCACCCUGGAUAGGCUCAAAAUGGACAACCAACUACUGAGGCAAGAGGUGUGAGUGUUGAGGACAAGGCUGGAGAUCACUCUAUCAUGCUGAUUGAGUUUGAAUAACAGACUGGAAGCUUCAAAAGGAGGGUGGUGCUUGGAAUCAUUGUUCUUCCUCUGUCAAUCAUGGUUACCUGCAAGGAAACACGUGGCGACAUCAUUGCUUUGCACAAAAGGGCUUCACAAGCAAGAAUAAUGCUGCCAGUAAGAUUGCACCGAAAUCAACCAUUUAUCGGAUCAUUAAGAACUUCAAGGAGAGCGGUUCAAUUUUUCUGAAGAAGGCUUCAGGGCUCCCAAGAAAGUCCAGCAAGCGCCAGGACUGUCUCCUAAAGUUGAUACAGAAUGGCAGCAGGCAGGUGUGAGUGCAUCUGCACGCACAGUGAGGCAAAUACUUUUGGAGGAUGGCCUGGUGUCAAGAAGGGCAGCAAAGAAGCCACUUCUCUCCAGGAAAAACAUCAGUGACAGACUGAUAUUCUGCAAAAGGUACAGGGAUUGGACUCUGAGUCAUUUUCUCUGAUGAAUCUCCCUUCCGAUUGUCUCGGGCAUCUGGAAAAAAGCUUGUCCGGAGAAGACAAGGUGAGCGCUACCGUCAGUCCUGUGUCAUGCCAACAGUAAAGCAUCCUGAGACCAUUCAUGUGUGGGGUUGCUUCUCAGCCAAGGGAGUGGGCUCACUCACAAUUUUGCCUUAGAACACAGCCAUGAAUAAAGAAUGGUACCAACACAUCCUCCGAGAGCAACUUCUCCAAACCAUCCAGGAACAGUUUGGUGAUGAACAAUGCCUUUUCCAGCAUGAUGGAGCACCUUGCCAUAAGGCAAAAGUGAUAACGAAGUGGCUCAGGGAACAAAACAUCGAUAUUUGGGGUCCAUGGCCAGGAAACUCCCCAGACCUUAAUCCCAUAGAGAACUUGUGGUCAAUCCUCAAGAGGCGGGCGGACAAACAAACAACCCACAAAUUCUGACAAACUCCAAGCAUUGAUUAUGCAAGAAUGGGUUGCCAUCAGUCAGGAUGUGGCCCAGAAGUUAAUUGACAACAUGCCAGGGCGGAUUGCAGAGGUCUUGAAAAAAAAAGGGUCAACACUACAAAUAUUGACUCUUUGCAUCAACUUCAUGUAAUUGUCAAUAAAAGCCUUUGACACUUAUGAAAUGCUUGUAAUUAUACUUCAGUAUUCCAUAGUAACAUCUGACAAAAAUAUCUAAAGACACUGAAGCAGCAGACUUUGUGUUAUUCUCUAAACUUUUUGCCACGACUGUACAAAUCACCUCGCAUCCAAACAACUACUUAUUAACUACUUAUAAAGCGAUCGAGGUUAGGGGUUCUGCACCUCGUCGUGCUCAAACUGUACCCCUCAAACAUGCUGAAAAUGUAAAUUGCAAACAAAAUAUCAAACCAAAAUACCAACAGCUUUUCACGAAAAUCCAUGCAUCAGAUGUAAUAAUAGGUUUUGUUUGAGCUGCUUUUCCCAUCUA